UCGAAAGUUGGAUCUAAUUGGAGAAAUGAUCUUUGGUACUGCACCACUUGCAUAUAAAGGAAUGAAUACCAAGAUACACUAUUAUAAAAGAGACAAGCAUCCUCAGAUUAUAAUAUCAAAACUGUUUACAUUAAACAAUAAUAAUCAAAGGCGCACAUCAUUUUCAUCCAUAAACAGUGACUUUUCAUCCAUUUAUUUUGAAGACAACAUAUCAGAAAGUGAUGAAGAUGGUCAUCUAUAUUAUCCGCCUAUACUUGGACUACAAAUAAAAAGAAAUCGUCGCUUUAGUCAAACCAAUAUGGAAACCAUGUUUAGUCCGACUCCAUUACCACAUACACCUACAAAAUCUGUGAUAACAAACUGUAGAAUGAAAUAUGCCGUUGCUUUCAUCAUCACUCUAUACGAUAAAAAUGAAACACUCUAUGACUUUAUUUUCUCUCAUUUCGCUUUAAUAGAAAACAGAUUACAUCAACUACAAGCAGUCGCAUUCAAGCAGCUCUAUCAAUAUUUUAAACAUCCUCAUAUCUCUCAUUCUUUACUGCAAAAGAAAAAACUCUCAUCAUCAUCAUCUUCAUCAUCCAACCCUUAUUAUUUAUAUUCUGAUACCUUUCAGCAUGAUUCUAUCUUAAUCGACGCCGUAAAUCAAUUUAAAAAGACAUUUUUUGAUCUAUACACGACACCAAGGAUACAGGAACCUUUAUGGUUAAACAUGUCGACUUUUCCUCACCGCAAAUCAAAUUAUCAAGCAAGCUUAUUAAAAGAACUUGUGGAUCUCAUACACCAAUUCGAUAACAAAACGCAUCAUUACUUUAUAUCAACGCUCUUAACCGCCGUACUCAUGCAUCACCUUUCCUGGGUUUAUACAGUCGCUCCACCCAAUACAAAUAUUCAUCUUCAUCACGGUAACUAUGAUCCACUAUGGGCACAACUAAGCGACUUGUACGGAUUUAUUGGUACUCCAUCAAGGAUUACAAGAACGUUAGUCAUUGGACUACGACCGAGCCUUGUACGAAGGAUACUGUACAUACUUACUUAUUUCAUUCGAUGCAAUGAAGUCUAUGAAAAUACAGAGAGUAGGAUAAAAGCUAUGGCUGAUGACUCAAUAUUUAAUCAAGAAGUAAAGGAAGAUAGUGAUGAUACUCAAUUUGAAGACAAGAUCGUUCAACACUUGACAGGAGAUGUAGAAUCCAUUGCGAUACCAAACUCACAACAUCAAAAACGAGAUAUUGUCUAUUCUUCUUUAGAAUCAAAUAGAUGUAAUAACAACACAAUAGAAGAAGAAUGGUCUCCGGAUACAUGUUUGUUGUCACCACUGUCAACGCCUUCUUCGUCUAUUGACGUGCCAAUGAUGUCUACGUCAGGAUAUUAUCCUGUUACAAUGCCCAAAUCGACUGUUAUCCACAUGGAGCCAGACAUCACCCAAGAGGAUAUGGUAAACAUCAAGGCAGAUAGACUGUAUGCGAAAUCCUACGGUCGAUCACUUAUGGCGUCUUAUUGUGAUACUUACAAGUCUGAUUUUGUCUUGAUGGGCCUACCCACCUUACCUGCCACCUCAAUGAUUGAUGCUGAUUUACAUUGCGCAUUAGAGCAAUUUACAUUGACAGACUCGGUGUCUGAAGCGUCUUGCUUGGUCAUUGAUACAAAUCAGUUCAAAUGUCGCGUGUUAAAUCAUAGGCUAUCAAGUUCAAGCAAUAGUACUUGGCAACAAGUCAUCUCGUCUAACCUAGUUCAUACCAUGUUAAGUGAGAUCACAGCAGCAUUUAUCGAACAAGGGAUAGAAGCAGCGGAUAGUCUGUUUAAUAUGAUGGAGGAUAAGCUGCAGUUGAUAUAUUUAUAUAGUACCAUGCUUCAAGGCUUUAUACAAGAAGACAAUAGAAUUAUAGAUGACGUAGACAAGCUAGCCUCCAACUUAGGGUAAAAUCAGAUUUGAUGUCAAUAGAUGUACUUACCGUCUUCUCUUCCUCUUCUCCUCCCUUCCUUCUCUUUUAGACUUGACCAAAACGAUAUACCU